GAAAAAAUCGCUCACCAGCGCCGCUGCCAACUUCGAUACUUUUAAUUCGCGUAUCAACGGUAUUUUCCGCGGUGCUCAGAAUAUAAACUGGCGGACAAUUUUUCUUUGAUGCUUCUCCUCUUGCACGUGUCGUUCCGGUAGACAGCCAACAAGUUUGAAGCAGUGUAGUCUAUUGCCGCUAUUCCACAAGGGAAAUAAAAGAAAAAUCGUAAAAUAAUAAGCAUGUUGCUGCAGCACUUUACCCGUGCAUUCCACACAACACGUCUAGUGUUAGCUGGCGCUGAGAAAAGCGCAUUAGCGGCACUACGCAAAAAGACCGGCUACACAUUCGCCAAUUGCAAAAAAGCACUGGAAAUGCAUAAUAAUGAUAUAAAUUUGGCCGAAAAAUGGUUAAAUGAACAAGCGCAAAGUCUCGGCUGGUCAAAGGCGACAAAGCUUGCAGAACGUGCUACAGCUCAGGGUUUAGUAGGCGUACUUAUUCAUGGUAAUAUCGGCGCCAUGGUAGAGGUUAACUGUGAGACCGAUUUUGUCGCACGUAAUGAACAUUUCAAAAAUUUCGUCGAUCACGUGUCGCGCAUUUGUGCCAAGUACACUGAAAUCACGGAUUUUGAUGGUGACUUGUGGAAGCUUGGCUUCGAGGCUGAGGCGUUGCGGAAACUCCGUACUACAGAUGGCAAAACACUGGGCGAUCAAUUGGCAUUACUGAUUGGUGCUGUCGGCGAAAAUGCCUCAAUCAAACGUGCGAUAUGCUUUAAAACUAGCAAUGAUUUACAACUAGCCGGGUACGCACAUCCCACGUCCACCAAUGUGGCCGCAGUCGAGAACACAACACAAAUCGGCAAAUAUGGUGCCAUUGUCGCCUUUCGCGGGGCAAGUGUGGAUGAAGAGCUUCAAAAACAUAUUUGCCAGCAUAUUGUAGGACUUAAUCCCGUGAAGAUUGGCGAGGAAGGCAAAGAUAAGCCAAUGGCCAAUAAAGACGACGAGACUUGUCUCAUACAUCAGGAGUACUUGAUCGAUCCUGAUCGCACAGUGGGCGAGGUACUGAAGGAAAAUAACGUGACAAUCAUUGAUUACCAACGCUACGAGUGCGGAGAGGUGACGAAGAGCGAGCGCUUAGAGCAGGUUAAAUUAAGUAAUUAACUAUGCUAACGCAUAUGCAAUGUUAAAUAAUACUAAAAAUUAUUAUUGUUUUUAUAAUUUAGACAAAUAAAUUCAAAAAUAAAACCAAUAACAAUUUGAGAGAUAAAUA